CCGGUUAUCUCGGAAACCAACCCGAGCGUUUCAUUUUUGUGGAAAAUGCGCUGCGCGAGUAGUUAAGCUAUCAUCGCCGGGAGAGAUCAUCAGGGAUGAUUCGCGGCAGAGGCUCGUGGGUCGGAUUAUCGACCCGGUUGAAGCUUUACAGGAUCCGACGUCUCUGCACUAAAGGAGAGAAUGGUGGGAACAAAGUCGAGAAGACGGAAUCUAGCGUUGCUCAUUACAGCGAGACUGAAUCUAGUGUUUCUCGCUACGAUGAGACCUAUAAGAAACUCGACAAGCUCGAUUUCGUGACCGCUGCGAAGAUCUUGUUCACUGAACCACCCAAGAAGAAUAAAUUUGGGUUUGAUUGGCAUGUGGUGCAAUUCAUUAUCGUCUGCUUGCCAUCUGUAGCUGUGUAUCUGGUUGCUCAAUAUGCUCGCCGGAAAAUGAAGAUCAUGGAUGCAGAACUUGGAGAGAAGAAAAGGAAAGAAGAAGAAAAGAAAGAGAAAGAAGAAGCUGAACAAAAGGCAUUAGAAGUAGAAGCAGCAACCAAGUCUCACGAAGAGCUAAUGGAGAUGAAACAGAGACUGGGAAAAAUCGAAGAGACAAUAAAAGAGAUUGUUUUGGAAACCAAGAAACCUUCAGGAAAUGCUCCAACCAAGACCCAAGAAGAUCAAUCUACUAAACUCUCCCCAAAAGAAGAAUCGAAACCAGAAAAAGAACAGAAGAGCAAUGUACAAAAACCAGGUGAUGGACCUCAUUGAGAUGAUUACAAGGGAAGCUUAGGUGGUAGAUGAAGAAGAUGUACCCUUCUGUGGGGUUAUUAUGCUUUUGGAACUAAUACAGUAGUUGGUGCAUUUCUCUCAUUUUGCUUUUGUUUGCUGAAUCACCUUUAGAAUUAAUAUAGUGAUCACAAGGAUUUGCGUUUAA